UUUCCAAUAAUUCUCUCUCUUCCGCCACCGCCAUUGUGGUGAUAGGGUUGUUGGUUCGAAAUGUCGUCCCACAAGACUUUCCGAAUCAAGCGCUUUCUCGCGAAAAAGCAGAAGCAAAACAGACCAAUCCCACAGUGGAUCCGCAUGAAAACUGGCAACAAGAUCAGGUACAACUCCAAGAGGAGACACUGGAGGAGAACUAAACUGGGUCUGUAAACCCCCGGUUCCCCCUCCAAUGGACCCUGUACCUCACCAUCUGCUUCCCGCACCAGAGACAUCUCACCUGCAACAGCUGUCUGUUCUGGACGCCCGCCAUACUGUUCAUACAUCAGGCUGUUCAUACAUUCGCAAUAAAAGUGAGAUUCAGUGAAACAA